UUUUUUUUUUUUUUUUUAAACUCUCCAGAUGUGUUUGCAGUAAGGAAAAAAGUUUUAGCGGUCUACUUUUUUGGGCAAAUCGUACAGAAAAGCGCUAAAGCAAUGAAGGGCCUGUGAAUGUUUUUAACAGUGUGUUUUUACGCUAUGAUGCAUGCAGUCACAUAAAGCUACUCGCAGGCUAUUUCAUCUUGAAUGAGGAAGGUGCAGCAGAGCUGCCAGGGGGACCUGCAGCGAUUCUUGGCCCGGCGAGGGAAGACAGAGCUGGGCAACAUCUGCUGAGGCCUCCUGUUUCCUCCUGUACUCCAUCAUGGCUACGGAGCAGCCUUUGAAGUCGUCUGGCCCCGCCCCCUUACACUCACAGGUGCAUGCAGCAGCCGUGAAUGGAGACAGGAGCUCCUUACAGAGACUGAUCACAGCAGAACCAUGUUUGAGAGACAGUGAGGAUCAGUUCGGCAGGACUCCUCUGAUGUACUGCGUGCUGGCUGACCGCCUGGAUUGUGCAGAGACGUUACUGAAGGCCGGAGCUUCCGUUAACAAAGCUGAUCGCAGCAAGAGGACCGCACUGCAUCUCGCUGCACAGAAGGGCAAUGUUCGUUUCAUGAAGUUGCUCCUGUCGCGGCAUGCUAAUUGGCUGUUGAAAGAUCUUGAGGAAAUGACACCGUUGCACUUAGCAACACGUCACUCCAGCCCCAAACCUCUCUCUCUCCUGCUCAAGCACAUGGCACCUGGAGAGGUGGAUACUCAGGACAGGAACAAGCAGACAGCUCUGCACUGGAGUGCGUUCUACAACCACCCUGAACACGUGAAGUUGCUGAUCAAACACGACUCAAACAUCGGAAUACCUGACAGCGAGGGCAAGAUUCCCCUGCACUGGGCAGCUCACAACAAACACCCUAACGCCACACACACUGUUCGCUGCAUUCUGGACGCUGCUCCCACUGAGUCUCUUUUGAACUGGCAGGAUUAUGAAGGCCGGACGCCGCUUCAUUUUGCAGUGGCUGAUGGGAAUGAAGCGGUGGUUGAAGUUUUGACUUCAUAUGAAGGCUGCAGCGUUACAGCCUAUGACAAUCUGUUUCGAACACCGCUUCACUGGGCCGCAUUGCUCGGCCAUGCACGGAUCGUUCAUCUGCUGCUGGAGAGAAACAAGUCGGGUAUGAUUCCAUCAGACAGCCAGGGAGCCACGCCGCUGCACUACGGAGCUCAGAGCAACUAUGCUGACACUGUGGCGGUGUUUCUGAAGCACCCGUCGGUACGUGAUGAGCCUGAUCUGGAGGGCAGGACCGCCUUCAUGUGGGCUGCUGGGAAGGGCAGUGAUGAUGUCAUCAAAGUCAUGCUGGAGCUUAAGCGAGAUCUGGACAUCAACAUGGCCGACAAGUAUGGAGGAACAGCACUGCAUGCAGCUGCGCUCUCAGGCCAUGUAUCCACUGUGCGCUUGUUGCUGGAGAAAGGAGCCAUGGUGGACCCUCUGGAUGUGAUGAAACACACUCCUCUGUUCCGCGCGUGUGAGAUGGGCCACCGCGAUGUCAUUCUCACCCUUAUCAAAGGUGGGGCACGUGUGGACUUGGUAGACACAGACGGUCAUUCGGCGCUGCACUGGGCAGCGCUGGGCGGAAACGCAGAGGUGUGCGAGGUGCUGAUGGAGAACGGGCUCGGACCAAACCUGCAGGAUCAUGCAGGCAGGACGCCGCUGCAGUGCGCUGCGUAUGCAGGUUAUAUAAACUGCAUGGCCCUGCUUAUCCAACAUGAUGCUGAUCCCAACAUCCAGGAUAAAGAGGGGAGGACGGCGCUCCACUGGUCGUGUAAUAAUGGAUAUUUGGAUGCUGUGAAACUUCUUUUGGGAUGUGGAGCUUUUCCGAACCAUAUGGAGCAUACAGAGGAGAGGUACACUCCUCUGGACUAUGCCUUGCUGGGAGAACAUCAGGAGGUGACACAGUUCCUUUUGGAGCACGGCGCUCUGUCCAUCGCCGCCAUCCAGGACAUCGCCGCCUCGUCCAUUCAGGCUUUGUACAAAGGCUAUAAAGUGCGGCGAGCUUUCAAGGAGCGCAAGAACCUCUUAAUGAGACACGAGCAGCUCCGUAAAGAUGCAGCCAAGAAGAGGGAAGAGGAGCGCAGACGUGAGGCUGAACAGCAGCUCUCAUUGGCUGGAACACAGCAUCAUCAGAUCUCAUUGGUCCAAGUUGGUAGUGAGAGGCUGCCGUUGGUUGCUAUAGAACUCAGCGGCGAGAUUAAAGACAUCAAGCCUAAAGGUCACAAACAUCGAAGAUCAUCAAAGGCGCAUCGUAGCCAAUCGCACGACAGGACUGAGAAAAAGCCAAAAGAGCCAGAGCACAGGGCUGAAACUCCAGACGCCCCUCAGCUGUCUGCUUUAAACCUGCCCAUGACCUCUCAGAGCCCCAACAGAUCAGACACAAGGACAGAUGUGUGUGUGAGUGGUGUGUAUGCACCUGAGGAGUGUGUAGCCAGACCAGAGCGUCAUUCUCCAGCAGGUUCCAGCAGGCCGGGCAGUGCCAGACACACACACCCUGCUCAUUCGAGACCCAGGACUUCAGGUCGCACUCCAGAGUCUAAGACAAGCCAUCCAGCUGUGGCAUCCCUUCCUGCAGCUGUCAGUCAAUCCAGCAGCUUCGUCUCAGUUCCGAUCCAAGCAGGACAGGAGAAGAGCAGAACGAGGGAGCCACGGGCUGAGGGAGAAAAGGAGAAGCCAUCUAGGCCAAAGAGAGAGAAGGCGCGUAGGACUGAGAAAGAGGAGGAGAAGUGCUCGAGGACUGAGAGAGAAGCAGAAAGAUUUUCAGAAAGAGAAAGAGAGAGAGGUUGGUGCAAAGAGGUCGAAAAAGGAAAACGAAUGGAAAAAGAGAAGGAGCACAGAAGAAAGAGUCUCCACAGAAGGAAUCAAGCAGCGAGAGUGAUACAGACAGCGUGGAGGAGGUUCUGUGUUCGGAGACGCCUGAAAGAACUGUUGUGUGGAAACAUUAAAAAGCCUGAGCCUGCAGAAGUCACUGCUCUUCUGAUUCAGUUUUUAUGGGAGCGACCACUCCACAUGGAUAACACUCGCCAGAAAGCCAUUUCUAGAGCACAGUCACCUCCUGCUAAAGCUGCAGCAAAGAAAAGCUCUGUGCUACAAAGUAUUUAUGGAGGAGCCCAAGCCAAAAGGGGGCGCGCUCUGAGAGCUGUGUCUGCCCUCAACACACUCAGCCAGAGUCAACUACUGCACGACCUGUCACUUAAGCCCACCAAACAAAUGAGUGGCGUGGAGUGUGUGCACUUACUAGACUCUCUGAGUCAAGCCAAGCAGUAUUCCUAUCACCUGCGUCCUCAGAGUGCCAGCAGCCAGAGCAGAACCAAAGACUGAGAGCACCUCAGCACACGUUCUAGUUCAUACCCAAUGACUGAACCAUACACACUAAACAGCUUCAUCGAGAGAAACCAACAGACAGAAACCUGACACACACUGUAAUCUGCUUAUUUAUAUAUUUGUGUCCGGAAACUGACGGGGUCCGGGAACCUAAAAGACACCAGUGAGGUACAGAAGGAUGUCAUGACAACCACACAGGUCAAAGUUUAAGCCCACAAACAAACAUAUGCAUGAGAUGACCUUUUAUCCUGUCAUCAACUGGUUAUGCACCUGUCAUAUGGGUGACAUACACCUGACAUAACAAGGCUACCUGCAUAGGAGUGCUUAAUGCAUGCUAAGAAAAUAUGAUGCAAUCUGGAUACACGUACAAAUGCAAGAUUUUCACCAGAACAAACAUUGUGCUGAUUUCUUUGUCCACAAGAUAGUUUUUCAUAAUUGUUUCUACGUUAAAAUUGUAAGGCUCCUGUAGAAUGUCAUUCGACUGAUCAGUCUGAUCUUGGUUUCAUGCUUACUGAGAGCCAAAAAAAACCAUUUACUAUUGUGUUCUUUACUUUUAAAUACAGACGGGUGACAAAUUAAAGGAUAAAGCAGUGGUUCGGUCAUGCUGUGGGAGCCAUUUAGCAGCAGAGUAUAAAUGCACACUUCUCUGUCCAAUCAUGUUUACAUAUUCUGUUUUUGUCAUUGACUUUUUUUAAGCGAGCCAUGUUGUCAGCUCAGUAAUUAGUCCAGAGAGGGUGAACAAAUGCACAUAAUUGGCUUGCAACAGAGAAUAAGCUACAGAACCUGCAAUGAUUCUCAGCCAUUUUUUUUGUACGUUUUUCACGUCGAGGUCUUGGUUCAAAUCGGCUGAAAUACUUUGCUAGCCACAAUCUGCCAGUUGAUACCCCCUGAAUUAGAGGGACAUUAACUGCAAAUUAAAGCAUGUACAAAGUUCUUCUGACUGAUCACCUUUGUCCUAUGGUGAAACAUUUUGAUCUUGGUGGGCGUGGUCUCAUCCAGGGUGACUCCGCCCCAUCCAUGGGGCAUGAGAGCUCACUGAAUGGUUGGACGACGCUACUGAUCGGAAAUUUACCAAGCUGCCUCUGUUGGGUCCUUGAGCAAGACCCUUAAUCCUCAAAUGCUCAGUUGUAUCCUGUCUCAAUUGUGAGUCGCUUUGGAUAAAAGCGUCAGCCAAAUGAGGUAAAUGUAAACGUAUGCGUUAUGGCCUUCACGGUCACCAGAUCUCAACCCAGUUGAAAACUUAUGGGAGAUUUUGGAACGAUGUGUUAGUCAGUACUCUCCAUCACCAUCAUUAAAACACUAAUUGAGGGAAUAUCUUUUGGAAGGUUGUUGUUCAGCCCUGCAGUAUAUUUCCAGAGACUUGUAGAAUCUAUACCAGAAAGCUGUUCUGGCAGCUUGUGGUGGCUCAACACCUUAUUAACAUACUUUGUUGGUUUUUUCUUUAAUUUGUCCCCCUUCUGUAUGCAUGUAUUAUAUAUUCUAUAUAAUUAUAUAACCUGUAGAUAGAUCACAAUGUAUACGCCAUCUACACAUUCAUAUUUGUAUCAACUGACAUUAUUUAUUCUACAGCUUUUAUCAUCGUUUUUUGAUACAUACGGCUUUGUAAAAUCUUUUUAUACUGUUGGCAUUUCACUGUUGUGUCAUAAUGCUGAAAGAUGCCUCACGAUGCAUGUUGUGAAGUUUUGCUGCACAGCAGCUGCCAGUGUUUUAACUUUAGGCUUCCACCACAAAGACCUCCGGGGCUUUAGGGUUAAGCUGAGAAAUGCGUUAAUUACAGAAGUAAAUGAAAGGCCUGCAAUGUCAGACUGUAGCCACAGGCUGAAUUCCCCACUAACAGAUGUGCCCGAUUCCCCGAGUUAUCAAUUUCCAAAUAGUUUUGAUGUUUCCAUUUGGUCGUAAAAAAUUUCAGUAGCCUUCUUGUAGCAAUUACUGAAUUUUUUUACCAAAUCAUUGCAGCGUUUGAACACUUCUGAUCAUCAUUAAUGAAGAACUCAUGGUACGUCGGUUGUCGAGUGGUUGCUAAGCAGGCAUCAUUAGCACUUUCCUUGUGUAUUUCUAUUGUAUCCUGUACAUGUAAACAUGGCUUUACUGUUGUGCUAAUAAACAGAAAGAAAUCAAGAA